GUCAGAAACAGAGUUUUUGAAGAAAAUCAUUGAUAACGUUUACUAUAAAGUUGGUCACAAAAUAGUUAAUCUUCCACGCAAUCUAACAGGGAUGAAUGCUCGAGAUAAAGAUAUUAAUUCCUGGUUAAAGCAAUCCGACAGCAAAGUUCUAAUAAUUUGUGGCAUGGGAGGAAGUGGCAAGACCACGUUGGCCGAGUACAUUGUCUCUUCAAAUCGGCAACAUUUUGAAAUCAUUAGCAUUUUAAAAAACAUGGGUAGUAUACAUAAAAAACAAGGUAAUAUUGAUGUGUUAAUCCAACAAUUUUCCAAAGAUAUUGUAGGAGAGGGGAAACCCCAAACAUUGUGCGAGCGCUAUUACAUAGAUAGAGUUUUAGAAAGGAAAAAGGCACUUAUUGUUUUUGAUGACAUUGAUGAACCAAGACCAYUGGAAAAAUUUAUCAAUUUCCAGAAAAUUAAUGAAAAAAGCAAAAUUAUAAUGACAACCCGGAACAAUAAUACACAUAAUUGGUUUAGGACUAGAACUUGGAGUUGUCAUGAGUAUAAGAUGACAUUACUAGAUGAUGAAGAAGCAUUAGAGCUCCUAAGUCUUCAUGCCUUUGGAUUCAAAAUUCCGAUGGACGGUUAUGAGGAACUUACAAAAGAGGUGCUACAGUAUUGUGAAGGAAAUCCACUGGCUCUUGAAGUGUUGGGUUCCUCUCUAUCAGAGGAUAUUAGCAUCCUAUUUUGGAGAAAUACAUUGGAUUUAUUGAAAAGAGAGAUGAAAUCUGGAAUCCAACAUGUACUCAUAAGGAGCUAUGACUCAUUGCCAGAUAAAAAUAGCAAAGAGUUGUUUUUGCAUAUUGCUUGYUUCUUUGUUGGCGAAGACAAGGAUUAUGUGGAAAAAAUAUUGGAGCUUGAUUAUUGUGCAUCAUCUGGGAUCAAAGUCCUAACCAAUAGAUGUCUUCUUUCUGUGUCACCAAACAACAAACUGAUGGUGCAUCAAUUGAUUCAAGAGAUGGGGAAAAGCAUAAUCAGUGAAGAAUCAAAACGCCCUGUAGAACGUAGUAGAGUUUGGCGUAGUAUUGAAUCUUACAAGAUCUUGCACAAAGGAGAGGGUUCCAAAACAAUGGAAGGUCUAGCACUUGAUAUGCAAGUUUUGCGGGAUGAUAAUCCACAAAUUUUGACGUCUUUAGAUCUUAAGACAGAUUCACUUACAAAAAUGGAUAACCUAAAAUUGCUCCACCUAAAUGAUGUACAUCUCACUGGAUCCUACGAGAAUUUUUCAGAAGAUUUAAGAUGGCUAUGCUGGCGUCAGUUCGAUCUAAGAGCCAUACCCUUUGGCUUAUUCUUCAAAAGCUUGGUGGCUAUAGAUAUGCGAGAUAGCAAGUUGAAAGUUCUUCCAUUACUCAAGACUCUAAAUCUUCAAUCCUCCGAGUCUCUGUCCGCAAUCCGCAGUAUCUACCGACUCCCUAAUAUUGAGACUUUGAUUCUUUGUCAAUGUUAUGAACUAGUUGAUAUUUGUGAAACCAUUGGAGACUUAAUGAAUCUUGCUCAAUUGGACAUGUCAGAGUGUCCACAGGCACAGCUCUAUGAAAAAUUGAUUUUGCAAUCUACUGGAGCAAGUCCACUACUAAUUUUCUUUUCUUUGCCACAUUCUUUAGUGUGGUUAUCCCUUAGAGACUGCACCCUUGAUGUUACUAAACAUUUUUCUCCGAGUUCCAGYAUUCAACCAAAAUUGCAGUACCUGGAUUUAGGCAGAUGUUGGUUUGAAAGCUUGACCAGCAACAAUCAUCUUGUAAAUCUUAGGGUCCUUAACUUGUCUUUAAGCCAUAGACUUAAAUGGCUUCUCUGUCUUCCAAGUGCACUUGCAGAAUUGUAUGUAUAUGAUUGUCACUCGCUAGAGAAAAUAACUUUUGAAUCACAUCGGUUCACACUGCAUGAGUUUGGCUAUGAAAAUUGUGCUCAGUUGAGUGAAGUGGAAGACUUCUUUAAAUUGGUGCCGGUAGCCAGACUUGAUGAAACUGAUUUGGGACACUUAAAGUGGCUAAAGAAAUAUCAACAUCAUGAGGUGUUCCUGGUUGGUGAUGAUCAGAUCAUCGAAAACAGAAGUCAAAGGAUCCAGAUGCUGUAUGAAUUCGGUAUUGUGAGCACGUGCCUGCCAGACAUAAAGGAUCCAAACAUAASACCUGAGCAUAUAUCAGAAUCAACAUCUCUGUCCUUCGAGGUGCCUUCAUCUCCUAUGGAUAGGAGGCUCAUAGGAUUAAAUCUAACUUUCAAGUAUACAAUAUUAUCAGGUCAAGACURUGCAUGGUUUGCUAAAAUCCAUACCAACAAUGGUGUUGAUUUGAUGUACAAUCCCAAAGUCUGURGCGAUCCUGGAGAUGGAGGAGCUGGCAUAUGGUUAAGUUAUUGGCCAAUAGGAAGCAAGUUAUUAGUGGGAGAUGAAGUUAAUGUGUCUGUCAUUGUGAUGAGUGGUAUAUCGAAGAAACUCUUGGAGGGGAUUUGUCUGCAUUUAAACUAA